GUAUUACCAUGGAGCGCGGGGAAUUGAAUAUAUCGUCCCAGUUGGAGCGAAUGGAAGGCGUUAACGAGGAGAUCCGAAAACGUUUAGACAACCGUAAAAGUGUUGCAGAGGCCUAUAACAACCCAGUCGUAUCCGUUAGACCGUACAGUAAAAUCAAGAACCAGCCAGACCCAAAAAUGGAAGCCAUGGUUAAGAAUCUCGAGGUGUUGGAGGAGUAUGAGAAUCACAGCGCGUCCGAAAUCCAAUGGCAAUUGGAAAACAAGGGGCGUGAAUUGGAAAAUGAAUUCAUGUACGAAAGUCGAUUAGCGAAGGUACAUGCUGGAGAAGUUACUAAAGUGUCUGAGCUACGCCAUAUCAUGUCUGAGUGGCGUAAAAUCGUUAAACACCGCAUCGAACAACACAUUGCCACGAUUGAUGCUUCUGAAGGCAAAGCCAAAAAGAUGCACGUAGAAAUCCAGCCGUUUCUGAAGUGUGUGGAACCAGAAAGUUUGGCACUGAUCGCAGUGGCACAGACCUUAUCACUGACACUUCGCGAAGACGAGGGGGAACGUUUCACCAAUCUGGUGAUGGAGAUUGGUUCGCGUGUCUUCGAUCAAUACCAACAAGACAGGCGAUUGUCCCAAGUGCGAUUGACCGAUGAGGUCAAAGCGGCGCUAAAACCAAAGGAACUGCAAGAGGCCACUAUGCACAAUGUGGAUGUGAAACUCCCGGCCAGUACUAUCGAACUACCGAAGGAAGGGCUGGAGACUCAGGUGCCGGAUGUAGCAACGGUUGUGACGGAUGGCGCCCGUGCCGAAAAAGCGCAAAAGGAAAACAACGCAAAGUACAAUGGAAACAAAACCGUAAUACGCAUCGCCCAGUUGCAGAAUGAAGCCAAGAAACUGUGGGAUCAAUACCAGCACAACGAACAACCUCACAAACUACGUAUUUUCUGGAAUAAAGUAGCACGCACUCAUCCAGCUUUGGGUUUCGAGAAAAUGGUUAUACCUGAAUGGAAGGCCAAAGUAAAGGCUAGGGUGGGGGCCUUCUUAGUGGAGCAAGUGUUGGAUGCCUCGUAUAUCAAUUCAACCGAACCGUUGCACAAGAUCCGAGCGGAGAAAAUUAUCGCCGGAGAUAUACCCAAGCAUUCCAACACGGCGUUCCACCACUACCUGGCCCAAACGGGCAAGAAGAAAAUCGGCAUGAUUAAUCUGCACGAAAAACUGCGAGAGACACUAAACGAGAACAACAUCCGAAUGGACAGCAUCAACACCACCCAACUGCCCAUGGUCUCAUCCCCCAAACCCUGGCUCAAGGCCAAUCGCGGAGGCUACUUCACCAAUCGGAAGAGUCUCAUGCGUACUACAGGUGGAGAGCAUAACGUGCAGGCCAACUUGGUAGAGGAGCACGAGAAGGAUUUGCACAGAGUAUUCGAUGCGCUCAAUGUGUUAGGCGCAACACCCUGGCGGAUCAAUCACCGAGUGCUGGAGGUUAUCACGCAUAUAUGGAACGAGGGCGGCAAUAAUGACCUAUCCGUACCGCCUUUGGCUUCGGUUCCUCUGCCAACGCCUCCCGCCGACAAAGACGAUGUCACAGCGCAAAUGGUUUAUAAGCGAGCGAAGAAGGAAGCGAUCAAACAGAACAGAGAGCUGCACUCCUUGCGAUGUGAUGCCCAGUAUAAGCUGGUUAUCGCCGCUAAGUUGAGGAAUUAUCGGUUCUUCUUCCCACACAAUAUCGAUUUCCGAGGUCGGGCGUACCCCAUACCUCCUCAUCUCAAUCACCUUGGCAACGACUUCUGUCGUGGCAUGCUCAUGUUUGGCGAGCACAAGAAAUUGGGAAAAGAAGGUGCCUAUCAGGUCAACGUACUUCCGUCUAAAGACGCGAAACCUCAGGAUGUGUAUGAAGCAUGCGCAAAGAUUGUGCGUGAACUCAUCCAUUCAGACGCACAGAAGGCCUUGGCAGCUUUGGAGGGCACCGACUUUUUGCAAGUAUCAGACAUUCCUGAGGCUGACCCCAAACACCCGCAGCACGACCCUAAUCUCACACGGGAAGAUCAAGAUUUAUUACAUAAAAUCAUGUCCAACGAUAAGAAGAACCCGCUCUCGCACGAGCAGAAGAUGGCCUUGAUGGUGGAGGGCAAAAUCACGCGUAAAGUGGUCAAACAAACGGUCAUGACGAAUGUGUACGGUGUUACGUUUGUGGGAGCGAGAGAGCAGAUCGCAGGCAGAUUCCAAGACCGCAAGGACAUCCCGGAAGAGUACGUAUAUCCGGCUGCAGCAUAUGUCACGAGGAAAGUCUUCGACAGUAUGGGGUCCAUGUUUACGGGCGCUAGAGCGAUCCAGGAUUGGCUGGCGGAGAAUGCGCGGGUUAUUGCGUCGUGUGGGAAGUUUGUUCACUGGAAGACUCCGCUUGGAUUGCCGGUUGUACAAGUAUACGCCAGUGAUAAGUCCGAAUCAUCGCAAACCGGAGUGCAAAACAUUAUGUUAAA